AGAAAGGUUUUAGCUUUUGGGUUGAGUUGAUAUGAAAGAUGUCUGGAAGAAUUCGGAAAACCAUCAGCGAAAAGAUCUCUCAAAUAAUAAAAAGAACCGACAUAGAGAAAGCAAUUGCUGCCCGACUCGAGCUUCCCAAGUAUCUUAAAUCUGCUGAGCAACCGGAAUUGCAUUUAUUAACCACUGAUCUCACUCCUAUCAUUGGAUGUGAUACCACCUAUGAAUUGAUAGAGCAGUUAGCAGCCUCUCCAAUUAGAGAUGAUAUUGUAGAAAGUGUAUCCCCAGUUGCCGCUCUUGGGCCCACUAAAUCAGGAAUUUGCUUUAAACUUAACCAAUCGGCAUUUGUUAGGGAUGUUCUAAGUCUAAAUUUUGCUUCUCCUCCAACUACACAAAGCAAAGGGUGUAUAGUCAUUGAUUUUAGCUCGCCCAACAUAGCAAAACCAUUUCAUGUGGGCCAUCUACGCUCGACGAUAAUUGGUAAUGUCCUUGGAAAUCUUCAUAGACACUUGGGUCACGAUGUGGUUAAAAUGAAUUACCUUGGUGACUGGGGUACCCAGUUGGGAAUGCUCCAGGUGGGGUUUGAAUUAGAAAACCUUACUGACGAACAAAUGCGAGUGAAUCCAAUAGAAAAUCUUUACAAGGCGUAUGUCCGAUCAAAUAAGGAAGCUAAAAAUGACCCUAGCAUCACAGAAAGGGCAAGAAAGUAUUUUACUGAUUUAGAAAGCGAAACAGCUCCAGACUUGCAACAACAAUGGCAAAAGUAUAGAGCUUAUACGGUUUCAGAACUUGCGGGUGUGUAUCAAAGGUUGGGAGUAGAAUUCGAUGUAUACGACUGGGAAUCGCAGUACAGUCAAAAAGUCGUAGCUUCUGUUGUUAAACUUUUGGAAGAUAGAAACUUGAUUCAUGAUGAAACCGAUGGCCGAAAGAUUGUCAAAGUGAGACAACGACGUGUCCCUGUAAUCAAGAGUGACGGAUCAACUUUAUAUCUUGUACGAGAUAUUGCUGCUCUUUUAGACCGGUUUGAACGGUUCAAAUUUGAGAAGAUUUUGUAUGUAGUGGAUAAUGCACAAACUGAUCACUUCGAUGCACUUUUAAGGGUAACAAGUGAAGUUGAUGAGAAUAUUGGAAAACGAGCAAAGCAUAUUAAGUUUGGGAGGAUUCGUGGGAUGAGCACUAGGAGUGGAAAUGCUGUAUUUUUAAAGGAUCUACUUGAUGAAGCUCGAGACAUUAUGGUGGAGAAGCAAAUUCAAAGUCCAACAACAAAAAUUAAUGUCUCAUCGUUGGAUUCCAGUGUGGCCGAUGUUCUUGGUGUCUCAGCUGUGAUAAUUAACGAUCUUAAGCAACGUCGUCAAAGGGAUUACGAUUUUGAUUGGAACAACGCUUUGCAAACUAACGGCGACACAGGCAUUAAAUUGCAAUAUACCCACUGUCGAUUAUCAAGUCUUCUGGAGAAUAUGUCCCACAUACAUCCUCCUUCAUGUCCCAACGAAAAUUUAUUGCAAGAACCGGCUGCUUUGGAACUCAUCAUUCAAAUAGCUCGAUUUGAUCAGUCUAUCCUAAGAGCUGCUGAGAGUCUUGAAGCAUGUGUGCUUGUUACAUAUUUAUUCUCAUUAUGCAAUGCAACAAGUCGAGCUCUUAAACUUCUUAAAGUUAAAGGCGAACUUUCUCCAGACAUUCAAGCUAAUCGAAUUCUUUUAUUUUCGGCAGCACGUGAAGUUUUAGCAUGUGGGAUGAAAAUACUUGGUUUAAAACCACUGACAAAAAUGUAGAAUUAAGAAAUAAAAUAAUAAAAAUAUUAAAUAUUUGAAACAAAAACUUUAAUAAUUAUCUCUAUGUUUGAAAUAACAACUAUUUUAUGUGGAA